AUGGCUAACUUCGUGGUAAUAAAGGGGGGCUCACAAUACAACGCUAUAACUGGAAGGCCGACCCUUCAGGCGUUAAGGGCAAUAACCUCCAUUUACCACCAGAAGGUUAAAUUCCCAACUCCGAAUGGCGUGGGCGAAAUGAAAAGCAAUCAAUACGAAGCUGGAGUCACCUACUCCGACGCCCUACGUGGGGGCAACAUACCAAAGGCUCGUGAACAAAAUGUUCGCCAAACUGAUCGGGGCAGAUCAAUGAAGGUGUACGUUGACGACAUGCUGGUAAAGAGUGCUAGGGCAGCUCAGCACAUUACUUAUUUGGAAGAAAUGUUUAAUGUGCUAAAAAGGUACCACAUGAAACUGAACCCCUUAAAAUGUGCCUUCGGGGUUGGGUCCGGAAAGUUCCUUGGUUUUAUGGUCAGUAACCGAGGAAUAGAGGCCAACCAAGAAAAGAUACAAUCCCUGCAGGAUAUGAAGUCUCCUACAAAAUCAAAAGAAGUGCAAAGGUUGACAGGAUGUAUCACCGCACUUAACAGGUUCAUAUCAAAGGCAACGGAUAAAUGUGUUCCUUUCUUUGACGCCUUGAAAGGAAGCAAUCACUUUGAAUGGACUCCACGAUGCGAGAAGGCUUUCCAGAAAUUAAAAGAGCACUUAGGCAUGCCCCCAAUUCUGUCAAAACCCAUCCCGGGCGAGAUGUUGAGCCUAUAUCUCUCCGUAUCUGAGUAUGCUGUGAGUUUCGUGCUUAUCAGGAAUGAAGAAAGGGUCCAGUUGCCAGUCUACUACGUAAGCAAGAGACUAUUGGACGCCGAGUCUAGAUAUUCCGAAAUGAAACAGCUAGCUCUCGCCCUGAUGAUAGCUUCGAGGAAGCUUCGACAUUACUUCCAUGCCCAUACAAUACAGUUUGACAUCAAAUAUGUACCACGAGCAGCCAUCAAGGGACAGGCGUUGGCCGAUUUCCUUACAGAAUUUUCUCACAGGCCAACGCCAGCUACAAACGAAGAAGCUAAAGCAACCGAGUGGAAACUCUACGUGGACGGGGCGUCGAGUGAAGCCAGGUCAGGCGCCGACGUCAUGCUUAUCAGUCCAAAGGGCCACAAGAUCACCUCGGCAGUACCAUUCAAAUUCAAAGCAUCAAAUAAUGAGGCUGAGUAUGAAGCAUUGAUCGCGGGGUUGCGAUUGGCAAGUCACUUGAAGAUUCAAAGGAUCAGCAUCUUUAGUAACUCUCAACUAGUCGUCGGGCAAGUACCAAGAGCUGAGAAUACGAACGCCGACGCUUUGGCAAAAUUGGCAUCCUCGAAGGAUUCCGAUGUACUGGGAGUCGUCCCCAUCGAAGAGCUUGAGCAGCCGACUAUUGAUGAGAAGGACGAGGCCUUAACCAUUCAGCCAGACGAGGGCUGGAUGACACCCCUCAUCUAA